CUUAGAAUGUAGUAGUGUUGGUGGUACAGCUGACCUGUCAUUGCACAGUUGAAAUUGGUGGUGAUUAGUAGAGAACAGGGGAUUGUAGGCCCCGCUGUGCUCAUAUAGAUCUACUGUUAUCGUGACAGUGAAGAUGGCAGGACAGACGAUAAACGACAGGCUACUUGCUGCAAGACAUAGUUUAGCCGGUCAGGGCCUGGCUAAAUCUGUUUGCAAGGCAACCACAGAGGAGAUGAUCGGCCCAAAAAAGAAGCACUUGGACUAUCUGAUACACUGUACAAAUGAACCAAAUGUCUCAAUACCACAGCUAGCUAAUCUGCUGAUAGAACGAUCACAGAAUACAAAUUGGGUUGUUGUGUUCAAGGCUCUGAUUACAGUACAUCAUAUGAUGUGCUAUGGUAAUGAGCGUUUCACACAGUAUUUGGCUUCAAGCAACAGUACCUUCCAGUUAAGCAAUUUCUUAGAUAAAUCAGGGGUCCAAGGUUAUGACAUGUCUCCAUUUAUUAGGAGAUACGCCAAGUACCUGAAUGAAAAAGCGCUUUCAUACAGAACUGUUGCAUUUGAUUUUUGUAAAGUAAAACGUGGGAAAGAUGAUGGAACAUUAAGAACAAUGAGUGCAGAGAAACUACUCAAAACCUUGCCAGUGCUACAGAGCCAACUUGAUGCAUUGUUGGAAUUUGAUUGUACAGCAAAUGACUUAACUAAUGGUGUCAUUAAUAUGGCAUUUAUGCUACUCUUCAGAGAUCUGAUUAGGUUAUUUGCUUGUUACAAUGAUGGCAUAAUAAACCUGCUAGAAAAAUAUUUUGAUAUGAAUAAGAAGCAGUGCAGAGAUGCUCUGGAUUUGUACAAGAAAUUUCUCAUUAGAAUGGACAGAGUAGCAGAAUUUCUUAAAGUUGCAGAGAAUGUUGGUAUAGACAAAGGAGACAUACCAGACUUAACAAAGGCUCCCAGUAGUCUUUUGGAUGCUCUGGAACAGCAUUUAGCAUCACUGGAAGGCAAGAAGGGCUCUGCAGCAAACACACCUACUCAGACUGCAAGUAAUCGCACCAAUGUUAAGUCUGGAGUUUCUGCACUUUCCUCAACCAGUACAGCAUUUGGGACAGCAGCUGCCAAUGCAAGGCUAGACUCCCAUACCAAUGGUAUUGAUGAGUCACUUAAACAGCAAGUAUUGGCAGAAGAAGAAGCUGCUAUGAAUCAGUACAAGGCAAAAGUUUCGUCCCCAACUAGUGGCAGUCAGAGUACCAAUCCAUUCUUAAGCUCUCCUACAUCAGCUACACCUGUAACCACUGCUGCAACAUCACAGCCAAUUGUUGAUUUGUUUGGUUCCCCCACAUCAGGUCCAGAAUCUUCACAGCAAAUCGUAAAGGCAUCAGAUGACCUUCUGCAGUUGAGUGGAAAUCCAUUUGCAGACAUAUUCUCAGCAACACCACAGCCAGUGUCUGUUCCAGCUGGGAAGACUUCAACGGACAUUUGGUUAUCAAAUGGUUUCAAGCCUACACCAGUGUCCAGCACAAAUGCAUUUGUUUCUGACCAGAACUUCACAUCAGUUUUUGGAGGUGGUGAGGCAACAGCUGCGACUGCCGGGACGGCUGCACCGAAUCCCUUCGUGUCCGACUUUAGCCCGGCUCGUGGAAGCCACCAGGAAACCACCUCCUCAGCCAUGGCCACUGGGUCGGGGAUAUUUGACGAGCAAACAAAACGGGGGGACAGUGGGAAUGAUCUUUUUGGGAACGAUUUUGGAGGCAGUCGAGACACUGGCUUAUUCGCAGGGGGUGAGGGACUCUUGCAACCCACAGAGGUAUCAGGUUUAGAGGAAAAAAAGGUCAGAGAGGAACAGUCAGUGUCUGAUAAUAGCAUUACAGAGGGAUCUGCCCAGAUGGCUGCGAAAGUGGCAUCACCUCCACCUCCCCGUCCUCCUCCUCCUGCUACAAGUGGAACACCGAGGACGGACUCUCCUGUGCCUGCUGGAGGCUCUCCUAGCAGACCUGCUCCUGCCAAUAUUCCAUCAAAGAGUGCUUUUGAGGACCUCAAUGAAAGUAUUCGCGCUGCUCUGGGUGGCUCACCUACGCGACCUCCACCCUCUGUGGGGUCAGUCACAACAUCUGUGCCUGCAUCGUAUCCUGCGCAGCCUAUGUAUGGUGGGUUCGAUAUGGGGAUAAUGGCCGGAGGAGGAGGAGGUGGAGGUGUGGCGUUUGGCCAGACACCUGCUGGUGCUCCUAUGGGCUACGGCUCACCAGCCAAACGAGGAAUGGGCAUGACAGCAGUCCCAGGCCUAGCUGCCACUGCUGCAAGCUCUGUACCUGCAGACAGCAGCAGUAAGGUGCUCACUGGAGACUUGGAUAGCAGCCUUGCUUCUCUGGCACAGAACUUAACUAUCAACAAGGCAGCACUCAGACUGUGAAGGGUGUUCAGUGGAACUCGCCCAAAAACGCUGCAAAACCAGGAGCCACUGGUUGGUCCCCACAACCGAUGGCUGCAACGACUGGUGCUGGAUAUCGACCUAUGGGGCCCGGAAUGACCAGUAUGCCAUUUCAAGCAUUAUCACCUGUGAAUUUGCAGGGCAUACGACCAGUAGGCGCUGUCCCUAUUAUGGGUAAUCCUGGCAUGAUUGGAGGUGGUGCUACCAUGAUGGGGAGCCCUCGAAUUGGGGGACCGGCACCUGGUAUGAUGGCUGCAACACCUGCACCCACUUUGAAUGCACAGCAAGCACAACAGCAAGCCCAACAAGGGACACAACUUGAUCCUUUUGGAGCUUUGUAGGGAUGUAAAUAAAGCUCUCAACAAACUUAGACCCCUCAAAUUAAUGUGCUGAAGUUCCAAUAGUUUCAUGUGGAUCUGAAUAAUAAUUUGGUGGACUUCCAGUGAUAUGGUUCUAGCACAGUAUGCAUGGAUACUGAUGACAUUAAAGGCUGUGGUGUACAAUGAGUUAAGAUUUUUGUUUACAAGGCCCUUGUGCUUAUGACUUAGUUCUGAAGAAACAUUGUUUGUGAAGGGUAGAUCUGGUUGCAGUGAGUGUAAGGUGUACAAUCUCAAAUUGUCACAUACAGAGGUAAAGGAAACUGUUGGUUAUGUUGUUAAAUUUGGUAUAUUAUUCCACUGCUUUUUACAACCAAAGAGUAUUAAAGUAAUUUGGAAUUGUUUGUCAGACCAAUAAAAUCAAAAUUUGUUGGAUGAUUAGUAUUCACAAGGAAAGUUAAAUUUGUAUGUUAGGUUUGUAUUAAUUGUUGCUCAUCUUGCCCUCCUCCAACUGAACACAAUAGAGUGGACACUGAUAGUAAUUGAUAUUUGGUAAUUGAAAGUGUACUGUUGGAGCAGUUUGAGCAGAGCUUAGUUCCCUCAUUAGGUUAAUAUUGAUAUAUAUUAAAUGUUGAGGUCCUGCUCAUUGUUCUGUUUUGCAUUCCAUAAGUGGAGCAAAGGCUAAGUUAUAAUCUGAAUGUUUGCAUUGUGAUUGUGCAAAACCCUUGUACAGGUGUUAAUAAGACUUUUGCUUUCUAUUUGUAAACUUCCUAGGUAUAGUAUCAAAUUAACUUCACUGUACAGUAAUUAUAAUGGAGAUAGCUACUGGUGCAAGUAUUAAAUUAACAUCUUGUAACUUACUCUGAAGUAUGUGACAGUAAUGAAGUGUGGAGAUUGAUUUCAGUGUACUCAUUUUGAGUAAAUAUUUGUUUCUAGUGAGUAGUUGACACAUCCUGUAUUCAUUGCAUGACAUGGCAAGUUUAAAUUAUGUUGGUAAUUGUAAUUACAAGAGGGAAAAAUUUCAUGUGGAUUGAAACAAGUUUCACUGUUUAUUUUGGACAGUAUAGAUUCAAAUUACUAAUCUUAUUUAGAUAAUUACAGUUAAUUGAACGUACAUUAAUUUUCUGUAAAAACUGAAGAAAUUUAAACAGCAGCAGUGCAAGUAAACUAAAAUGUUUUGCAAGCAUGUUUUAACACCAUGGUUUGUGUGUGUUAAAUAGAUAUGUUUCCUGUACUUACAAAAUUGAAAGUGAGUCUAUUGGAUUUAAAGUGAAUCAAAUAUUCAUUGUUGAUUAUGAAUGGGAAUGAAUGAAAUAGAAGAUAGUGCUCCAGUAGAAAGCACUGUAAGAUAAGUGUAUCGAAAUUUAUCUUAAAGGAAACUGUAUAUAAGAUAUAUUAUGUGUGUUAAAUGUUUAACAGCAUUUAUGUUCCCCAAUACUGUACAUGUGUAUUGUAAUAAGAUUGAUGUUGAUAAAUGUAUAUCUAUAUAUAAACUUCAUUCAGUCCUGUAGAUGUACUCAGUAAAGAAGAGGAUGUGUGUUUCUCAACUUCGUCUUCCUUGGUGAACCUCGAUAGUGCUUCUUUCUGACCCAUCAUUCCUCCCAGUAGACUAGAAUCCAUAAAAGUUUUAGAAAAUUUGUUUCCCAGUUUUGCAGUUACUUUUAAUUUUUAUUUGUGUACAUUAGUAAUGAUUUUGUUGGCCACAACAAGCACAUGUUCCACAUUCUCUAUAAGCUGGACUGCAGUUUCCUUGUGUAGAAAGGAACACUUAAAACUCAUUCACAUAUUUCUAGCAUAUGUAAGUCAUUGCUCUGUGUAUGAAAAAGAAUGUGUGUGCAAUCUUAUUGAAGCAUUGUAAUGUGUCCAAUGUUAACAUAGCACUAACAGUGUAAUUGUCACAGAAAUGCUUUACGUGUUCUAAGGUAUAUACUGGCUGUAAGUUUUCUGAAGAUUCAUUUGUAACAGGGCACAUUUGCCUGCAGUGUUAGUUACCCAUCACGUGUGUGUGUGUGUGUGUGUGUGUGUGUGUGUGUGUGUGUGUGUGUGCACAUAAUUGCACGUAAGUCUUCAUGUGCAUGACAGGCAGAUAUUAAAUGUUGAUUGUAACAAGACAAUAUUAUGGUAUAAGUGUUGCAGUGGUCUAUAUUGUAGAAACUUAUUUAAAAAUAAUUCCGUAAAGAGUUUUUUUAUGUAAUGUUUCUAGACUGAGAAUGAAUAUUUUCCUUAUCUGUCAAAGCUUAAUAUUGUACAGUAGUCAUUGCCAUUUGCACGCCUCAUUACAUUCAAACAAAACAUACAUACAAGGAAUGAUGUAGGAGAUGUUAGACAAAAUACAGAUAAAAAUAUGCUGUUGUUCAAUGAACUAUUGAAGUAUACUGUAGUAAACAUGUCAAGAGAUAUAAUAUAUGUUUUCAGUGUGAAUCUACCAGAACUUUGUUUUUAUUAAAGUUCAAAGAAGUCUUUAAUUUCCUGAAUUUUCAUCGUAUUUGUAUGUGUGUGAAUUCAGUCCUAGAUGGUUUAUUGAUGCAAUUGAUGUUCAUAUCGUUGUAGGAAAGCAAGGCAUAGACUUAUGCUGAGGUGCAGUACAAAUCACCUCAGAUUAAACCACAUUUUAUCAAUUUUCGGUUUAGACUAUGUAUGGAAUAAAGAUGUUACCUGUUGGAGCUAAA